AUGCUGCUGACCGUCCACCGCAGCACAGGACGCCCCCACAUGUCGGUGCGGCUGAGGUUCUUCUUUGAGGGGGAGCAGGGGCGCUCCCAGCGGAGCGUCAAGAUGAGCUCUAGUCCCGCAGCGCGCCCAGCCCCAGCUGAGUUAGCUCCUGGCCUGCCCCGCCGGGCGGCCGUCAACCUGAGCACCCUGGCGCGGGGUACGGGCGUUCGGGGCCCUGCGGGCCGGCCGGUGCUCGCAUUGUUGCUGCUCCUGGCGCUGCCCGCUGGCGCCUGGUACAAGCACGUGGCGAGUCCCCGCUACCACACAGUGGGCCGCGCCGCGGGCUUGCUCAUGGGGCUGCGCAGCUCGCCCUACAAGUGGCGCCGAGCGCUGCGCCCCGCUGCUGGGUCCCUCGCCUGGGACACCCAGGGCCUGGGCGCGUCCCCCCAGGGGCUAUCUGCCAAAGACACCCUCUCUCCGGCGCCCGUCCCCCGCGGUGCUCUCCUGCUGUCCUCGGGGGUUCGGGAACUGUUGGAGAUGGGACGCAGGUACUCUCGCGCAGGGCUCGAACUGCGGGCGCAAACUGCGCCGCCCGAGCCCGAACUGGAGCCGCGGCUGGGCGCCCAUUCCUGGACCUCCGUGAAGCGGGACAGAGCCUUCAGAGUGUAUCCUGUUCAGCCAUGGUCUGCGCAGUGAACCACCUUCGCCGGCCCCCACCUCUCCCCAGGGCCAUCCUGAACGCAGCCCUUGCUGGUGACGCCCCCUCAUCUGACCCAGGAGUCUACUCCUCCUGCUGGGCGAACAGCUCUGGCCAGGCCAGGUGGUCUGGUCAAUAAAAGCUGCCUGGUUCAUG